UUUUUUUCUUGUAAAACAUCCAAAAACGGAUUAUGUGAGGAGGAAGGGAAGGGGGCGUUUUUGGAGCCCGUUUGGCUGUAAGAGUGUGAUGUGACAACGUUUUUAAAACUUCCCAUCUUAGAUGCUUUUGUAACUUCUAUUUCAAGCAUUAUAAAAUGGUACCUUUUUUAUUUAUUUGACUACUACACCUAUGAAAUUAACCUAUCCUUAAAUAUAGAAUUUCCUUUUCCCUAUGCUACAAAAAAUCAAACAUGAAACAUACCCUCAUGGAGCUUUUCACAAUUCCAGAAGAGUUGGCUGCUUUUAAACAUGAUAAAGAAGAAGAACCCGAAAAGUCAAAGAAGUUGGUCAAUGUUCCGACACUCGCCUCCAUUGAAUCCUUGACCUUCCCUCUUGUUCAAGAAGUUGUUGUGUUGGCUGAUCAUAGAUGCAAAAUGUCUCAAGAUAGAGUUGCCGAUAUCGUUUCCAGAUUGAAUGGAGAUAUGGAAUCAAUGGAGAUAAUGAUGAUGGAGAAGAAAACAACCCUUACCUUUAUAUGCAAACACUCAAAAGCAACCAAAACCAUUGGGAAAAAACUUGAAGUCAUUACCGUCUACAAGAGCACGAUCAAUAAAAUUUCCAAUGCUAAACGCUUUUUACGUUCUUCAUUUGCUUGAUACUUGUGUAAUUACGUACCUACCAUCAUGUUACAAGAUUUUUUUUUUUUUUUUUUUUUUUUU